UGUUUGGAUACUGACUGCUGGUUUUGGAGCCACACGGAUGUUUUAAAGCAGCCUUAACUGGAUCUCUGGGAUUAAAACGUCGGAUGCGGACAGCUGGAGAGGCUUUUGGCUCAGGACCUGAGGAGAUAUGGCUAAUGUAGCUUUGUGUUGCCUCCUGCCUCUGUGGCUACUGCACCUGGUGGCGUCCUCAGGCAUGUUUGAGCUGAAGGUUCAUGCGUUUAGCACCUCGCGGCGUUUCUGCCGGCGGCUGCGCGACUGCAACAUCUUCUUCCGCAUCUGCCUGAAACACUCGGAGGACGUGAUCUCCGCCGAACCUCCGUGCACCUACGGGACGGGGCAGACGGGCGUGAUGAGGGCGGAGCAUAGUGCCAUCGCCAACAGCGCCGCCAUCCGCGUGCCUUUCCACUUCAAGUGGCCGGGAACCUUUUCUCUGGUCAUUGAAGCCUGGAAUGCAGAGUCACCCAAAGAGCAUCCUGACUACACAGAGAACCAGAAUAACCUGAUUAGCCGUUUAGCGACGCGGCGGCGGUUGGCCAUCGGGGAAGACUGGUCUCAGGACGUUCACUUUGGAGAGCAGAGCGAACUGCGCUACUCUUAUCACGUCUUCUGCGAUGAGUUUUAUUAUGGAGACGCGUGCUCGGAUUACUGCCGGCCUCGGGACGACACGCUGGGACACUACACCUGCGACGAAAGUGGGAACAAGCAGUGUCUGGACGGCUGGCAGGGGGACUACUGCUCUGACCCCAUCUGCUCGGCCGACUGCAGCGAUCGCCACGGUUACUGCGAGUCUCCUGGGGAGUGUAAGUGUCGUCUGGGCUGGCAGGGUCCGUCCUGCAGCGAGUGUGUGAGGCACCCCGGCUGUCUCCAUGGCACCUGCACGCAGCCGUGGCAGUGCGUGUGUAAGGAGGGCUGGGGGGGACUCUUCUGCAACCAGGACCUGAACUACUGCACCAACCACCGGCCCUGCGCUAACGGGGCCACCUGCACCAACACGGGCCAGGGCAGCUACACCUGCACCUGCAGGCCAGGCUAUGGCGGCACCAACUGCGAGCUGGAGAUCAACGAGUGCGACUGCAACCCCUGCAAGAACGGAGGCAGCUGCAACGAUCUGGAGAAUGACUACUCCUGCACGUGUCCUCAGGGUUUCUACGGUAAGAACUGUGAGAUAGUGGCCAUGACGUGUGCCGAUGACCCCUGCUUUAACGGCGGAACGUGUGAGGAACGCUUCACCGGAGGCUACGUGUGCCGCUGUCCUCCAGCCUACACUGGCUCCAACUGUGAGAAGAAACUGGACCGCUGUAGCCACAAACCCUGCGCUAAUGGUGGUGACUGUGUGGAUGUGGGGUCUUCCGCUCUGUGCCGUUGCCGUCCCGGUUUUUCCGGCCCGCUCUGUGAGCUGAACGUGGAUGACUGCCUCCAUUCUCCAUGCCAGAACUCAGGCACCUGUGUGGACGGAGUAAACGACUACACCUGCAGCUGCACGCUGGGCUUCACCGGCAAGAACUGCAGCGUGCGGGCUCACGCCUGCCUCACACACCCCUGCCUGCACGGCGGGACCUGCUACACACACUUCUCGGGCCCCGUGUGCCAGUGCGUGCCGGGCUUUAUGGGCCCCAGCUGCGAGUUCCCCGUGCUGGAGCGGUCAGCGGCCGCGGCCGCUGCUGCUGCUGCCGCCCGGAGCUCCAGGGGCUCCUCACCGUCCACCGUGGCUGCAUCGUGUGUACUAGGAGUGCUCGCCGUGUGUUUGGGGAUUUGUGUGGGGCUGGUGGUCCUGAGGCGCAGGAGGCAGAGGCUGCGGAGGCGGCAGCUGUGCGAUUCUGUCUUCAACGACCUGGAGACGGUCAAUAACCUGGACCGGCAGCAGCAGUACCCCUAUGAGCGGGACUUCCUGACCAGAGCGGUCAGUCAAGCGAAGCCCAGCAACACUGAGGCCAGACUUAGCUGCCCGCUAGCUCCAGGGCACACGCUGCCAGCUGGGCGGGACUUCCUAUGGAGCGCCGGAGGGGUGGGCCUGAGAUAAAAACUCAAACAUAAACGCGUUCAAAGGUUCAGGAAAACUAGAUUCACAUACACAAGCAGUACACAUUAAAGCAGGGGGCAGCAGGUCUCUGGGGUCGCGCGUCAUUCUGUUGACGUUGAGUCAAAGCUGGUUUUCUCUGCGGUAAAAAUAAACGGCAUUUUCGAAAAUCACAGCUAUCACAUUCUGUGGUAAACAAAAAGUUCCAAAGCUGAUGCAUUUUUAGGAGUCACUGGAUUCUCCGA